AUGCAAAAUAUAACCAGACAGCCCAUUCGAACAUUCCGUACACCAGAAAGCAAAGAUGCUGGUCAAUCACAGCAGCUUUACGAAUUGUCUCUUGGUCUCUCCCGAAUUCCAAUGAAUGGCAACGCAGAAAUACAGCAUACGCUGUACGAUGCCAGAAGUGCCAGUGUCUCAACCAAGACGUUGACCAAACUUGCAAUUGCAAACCAAUAUUGCCUAAGUGCGCGAGAUCUGCGUUCCAUUGACUUACAAUCCAUUGGAUUCCCGCAUAUCCUCGUCCGAGAACAAACUAUUCUAAUUUACAUGCUCAGUUUGCGUCUACUAGUGCAAACAGAUCAGGUGCUGAUGUUCCAUGUCGAAGGAUCAGUGGAUUCUGAACGGGCCAAUCAAUGGCGUGUAUUCAACCAUGACAUUGAAGGGAAAUUACGCGGAAAUCAUGGAGCAGGUGUAUCAGUGAGCUUGCCCUUCGAGCUGCGUGUGUUAGAAGCCGCGCUGGCAUCAACGACCUCGACAAUUGAAGCAGAAUAUUUGUUGGCCAAAGAACAGAUAUCAGAAGCUCUGCGCCAGUUGGAACUGCAAAUGGCGAGCGAUGAGCAAAGCUUCAUACAUUCCCAGCUUCAGAUUCUCCUCGAUCUUGUCCAGGUUCUGUCGGGGAUUGAACAGCGCGCUCGGCAUGUUCGCAAUGCCAUCCAAGAGGUUCUGAAUGAUGACGAGGAUAUGGCAGCAAUGCACCUCACUGAUAAACGGGCUGGCAAGCCACACGCGCCAGAGGAUCAUCAAGAUGUUGAAUAUCUUCUGGAAGCGUACUAUAAGACAAGUGAUGCCGUGGUUCAGAAAGCAGAAAGUCUGUUGGGCAAAAUCCAGCGAAAAGAGGAGAACGUACAGUCGAUUUUGAAUGUACGGCGCAACCAAAUUAUGGUGCUGGAAACGAAGAUUGAGAUUGCCAUGCUUGGGAUUUCAUCGGCGACACUCGUGGCUGGGUUUUAUGGCAUGAAUGUGAUCAACUACUUCGAGGAGAGUGCUUGGGCAUUUGGCAUUCUGACUUCGCUAUGUUUGGUUGGUACGGCGGUCAUUUGGCGCUUUGGGCUACGUCAGUUGCGACAGAUUCAAAAGGUUCAGAUAUAG